UGGAUUUAAUAUUUUUUAAAACAAAAUGAUUUCUGAAAUCUCUUCAUAACCUAACUCUAAUUUAACCUCUAACUAAGAAGAAAGCUCUUACUAAACCGAAUUCCAUCAUCAAAAUCAUUCCUAAAUAGAAGAUGGAAUUUUUAAGUCUAAGUAAUUCAGAUAAAGAAGAAAAACUAUUCAAUAUGGAUAGAAAGAUAGAAGCAGUGCUAUUUAUAAGUACAUAAAAGAAAAACAAAAGGCCUUUCUUGAUUAUAAACCUCGAGCUCAAAUUUCGUAAUUCUCUGCAGAAGAGGAUAGAAUUCUAAUCUUGCUUGUUAAAAAAUUAGGACCUAAGUUCAACAAAAUUACUAGGUAUUUCUCUGGAAAAACAGUCAAUAUGAUUAAAAACAGAUAUUACAAGUCUCUACGAUAUAUUGAAUCUCAAGAAAUUCCAAAAGAAAUCGAAUAAGAACUUCUUUCAAACAAAAAUGAGUCAAGAAUAAUUGGUAGAAAAAUACUAAAUUUAUGGCCAUAACAUAAAUAAAUGAGCUCUGUGAUAGAGAACAGCCCACUCUUUCCAGAAGCUAAAGAAAUUUUACACACUUUCUUGACUUCAUUUUAAUAACUCAUAGGCAAUUGCAAAAAUGACAUAUGAAUUUUUAUAUAUUUUUAUAAAACAUAAUAGACA